AUCCGUUUUACCGCAGUUCAACCAAAAUGGUGGAAAAGUCCCAGUUUGGGUGCAAAAUUGUGUUGACGUGAAGUGAAUUGGAAAACCGAAAAAAGAAAACAUUUCACGUGUGCUCGACAAAAGAUCAAAUAAUUCCAUACAAAAUCGUUACCAGUUACCAUAAUAUUGACCCAGUCACAGGCAUUGACCGGGGACCGGUAACGAAAAAACCGACAGAGUUAAAAUAUCGUAAUCGAUAGAUUUUGAUGCGGGGGUUCGAUACGAUAUUAUCGAAAGUGCAUUGUUUUGUGUUGAUAUUCAAAUGUUCAUACCAUGAACGUAAUUGAAGAGAUUAACGAGCAGGAAGUGUACAACUAUUCGAAAAUAAUUCGGCCAACGUCUAUGCGUAGCACAUAUUGGAAAUUUUUCGGUUUUCCAGCUGAUGAUUCCAGUUCGAUAAUAACGCGACGUAGCGUCAUCUGCAGUAUCUGCGGCCUAGCCUUGUCCUACAACAAAAACACUAGCAAUUUAAAGUCUCAUCUCCGGACGAAACAUCCGGAACAAAUGAAUUUCACAUACACUCCUCCCGCAAAGAAAAUGAAAUUCAUUUACACGCCGACCAAUGACAACAGCGAACUGAAACAAGUGUACAGCAUAAAACAGGCAACAGGCGAUAUAAUUCCGAAUCCGGAUGAUUUGAUUGAAAUACUGGCCGAUGACGUGGAUGCCGACGACUUUCAAGAAAUGAACGAUGAGUAUCAAAUCGAGUAUUUGGCAGCGGAUGAUUUGAAUAAUUUUGAUGAAGAAACAUCCGUGCUGAAGACCGCCGUCUCCAACACCACCACCAACACUAAUGCAAAGACAUUGAAACGGAAAAACAGCGAAACGCUCAACAUCGAAUCGUCACUUAUUUCGCUGAUUGUUGACGAUCUGUUACCCAUUACAAUAAGCGAGGGUUCGGGUUUCAUAAAUUUCGUAACGUCCCUAUGCGGCAGUCGAGUACAGAUUCCGAACGCAAAGGCCAUCGAAAAGCAGAUACAACGUCUGUACCAAACCGACUAUGACCGACUCAGUCAAGGCCUUAAGACGGACAUAGACGACAAGUUCUUUUCGAUCGGAUUCGAGAAGUGGUGCAACAAGGAGGAAUUGACAUUCAUUACAACCCAUGUCAAUUAUGUGACCGAUGAUGAUCAAGUGAAUACGGUGGUACUGAAUGUUGUGGAUUCCAGCUAUGUUAGCGACUGGAAACAACAUUUCAACAUUUUGACGAUGGAAAAUUGCGUUGCGGCGAUUGCUGAUUUUGAUAUCAACGAGGAAGAGGCGCUGAAAAUGUUUCUGGAAAAUCUUAAGAUCCCAGUGAUCCCUUGCUUCCUCACCACAAUAGCCAAUGCUGCGACCAAAUGUCUGUCCAACAUUAAAACGGAGGACAUUUUCGCCAGAGCCAUCAACGUUUUCAACGAACUCAGUCGCUUCGUGUCCGACGUUCCCGAUCCGCCGAAGAUAAACAAAAGCUUUUGGAUGACCAAAAUGAACUUUUUCGAAUUCAUUUUCGAUUUUCUGGUGAAAAACAGCGACAAAAUCGAAGGCGACGCAGCUCAAUUGAUAAUUGAAGUGAAAACUGUUAUUGAUUGUCUGACACCGUUGAAGCUGACGCUGGAAACCGUUUCCAUGGAACAAAUUGCAAUGGCCUCCCUGAUACGACCAUUGACCUCUCAACUCUUAAACCUACAUUUUACAUUGGAUGGCGGUGCAACGGAUUUGGAGAAUGAAUUCAAUGCAAUCAUCCACAAAGAGCUGAAGAACACACAAUCCCUGGCGUCCGGCUUCCUGAUGCAAUCCUCGUUUCUCGAUCCCCGUUUCCAGAGUUUGCAGAGUGCGGAAGACGUGGCUACCAUUAAAUGUGCACUGAAGAAAUUGAACGAUGCCGAUCCGGAUAUACCGGAUCCAUUGUUCAUCAAAAAGGAAACAUCACUCGCAGUGUCCUCACCAGUCAACAAACAGAAGUCAGUUGGACUCAAGUUUUUCUUCGGCAACAAGGAACAGAAAGCGACACCCAACAAAAGCAUAGAUCGAUUUGACAUGGAGUUCAACAGCUACAAUGCAAACGCCGACGCAAACCUGGACCAACUGGUGCUGUCGUGGUGGAAGGAGUCAGCGUUGUUGUAUCCAAAUCUGAAGAAAAUUGCGAACCGUUUCAACUGCGUACUGCUUAGCGUCCAAAAAUGCGAACCAAAUUUGCAGAAGCAAAUUUCAUUCUUCGAAAAGCGAGCCAUGUGCAGUGGCAAUUCAGUUGACUGCUUGUUAUGGCUGCAUCAAAAUCGAAUGAAUUAAUAAAUUGAGAUCUUUGAACCGGGAGAAAA